AUGAUGUCCAACUCUGAUGCAGACUUCGAUAUGGCGAAGAUACUCGCAGAUCUUGCAAAGGGUGAAAUGACUGCCUCGGCCCUGGAAAAUCACCUCGACACAAUUGAAAGUCAAGUUAACGAACUCUUGGCGUCUUUCGAAAACCAGGGUACUGCUGUAGCAGAGGCUACAUCAGUCGAUGAGACAAAAUUGGGUCAAACGGGCACAGAUCAGAUUAGGGAUCAAAAGGCAGAACCGUCAAAUAGUCCACCCAAGUGA